AUGGAAAAGUCCAAGAGCUCGCUUUCCUUUGCGUCUUCAACUUCAUUGUCGCCCGAGGCUGAAAUGGAGAAUGCAAUUUGGCAAGAAAAAUACCUCGUGGAAGACGAAUACGUGUGGACUCUGCCUGAGGAUUUGAAAGAAGUUGCCAGACUGGAAGUUGGCGAAACUGAAGAAGUUCGCAAUGAGGGUCUGGCUUACAUGCGCGAAUUCAUCAGGGAGGACUCGAGGCUCACUUACUGCAGACGAGAUGCUAAUUUUUUGCUGAGGUUUUUGCGCAUGAAGAAAUUCAACUUGGAGGCCGCGAAGGAGACGCUGGAGAAAUAUUUGCGGAUGCGAGCUGAGAUUCCCGAGUGGUACCAGAACCUUGACAUCAAUGACCCGGCUCUUAACGAUAUCGUCUCUUCUGGGUAA